GGAAGAGACCAAAGAGCCUGUUAGCUGCUGUUCAAGGUUGUUCUCUUAUUUCCUCAUUUUUACCUAUUCACACUUUACCGGAGCAUUGCGUUAUUCAGAUUAUCAAUCACCUGUUUCGACAGCACUGAUGUUGCAAGAAACUCUGCUGCGAGUGUUUGUGGUAGCUCUGGGUCUCCUCAUGUGUCCAAGGGACGACCAUGUAGUUGAGGACUGGGAUGACAGCAUCGCAGUGGGGAUGCAAAAGCAUGAAGCAAGGCUGCUGAGAGAGGAAGAGAAAUUGGACCAGGAAAUGGCACCUGUCAGCGAGGAAAUGACACAUUCUGACAAUGAAGGGCCUCAAGAUGACAUGAAAAACCUUCCAGAGGAAGAGAAUCAGCCCAAUCAACAUGUCACCAAAAAAGAUAAAACGUCAAAUGUGACUGUCACCGACCAAGACUCAGAAGACAGCAGUGCUGAUCACAUAUCCCCAGAGGAACAAACCGUAGCUAAAUCUGAUCCAAGUCUGCCACAAAAAUAUGACAGUGAACCUGAGACUGCUCUGAAGACUUUACAAGCCAGGGAUGCCCAGACUGAUAGCUCCUUUAGAGACCCAGACAGACCACAAGGGCAAAACAAAAAGCUUGAGGAUAAGGAAACGUUCAAGUCCAAAGAAGAGGAAGCACCUCUUUCACGCAUCCACACCAAGACAUCAGAAAAUGAAACUUCAAAGAACAUCUUCGCUGAGUGGUGGAGGGAUUCCCUUGGGUAUAUGUGGAAGAUAUUCUCCUUCAUUUCCAUGAUCCGCAUCUUUAAGAGGUAUCUUAGCAGAAAGUCGCAAAUCAAACAAAAGAUGACCCCUACUUCCUCAGCGACAUGCACUGCUGCUGAAGUGCGGCUACCUGAAGUCGGCACUUUGUGGCAGUUUUAUGCUAAAUGUGUUCAAGUUUCAUCAGAGAAGAAGUGGAGGAAGGAUGAGUUUUUGGAAGGAUUUGGAAAUGAUCUGUUAGAAGCCAUGAGAACCAUCAGUGAUAAAAAUGGCGGUAUGGUGAUUGAAGAUUUUGAGAUAUUGAACAUGUCUGACAUAAUCAUACCAUUUAACCCACCAGAGCCAUACAGGUUUCAGUAUAUCCUCUGGAACAACCAAACCAGUGACCCGUUGUCGGAUAUGCAGGUCUGUGGUCAAAUAAAAUUGUUGGAAAAUAGGAAUAUCCAAAAUGGCUGCCCCUGUCAGUCCUCUGAUGCGGGUGAUGACAUGGUUUGUCUGCUGCAUUGUGACAGCGAGAAAAUAAAGACGAAACCAACAGAUGCUUGUGAUGGCCCUCUUUGCUCCAAGAACACUCCUUUCCUGUCAAAAUCACAGGUGACCAGAUGGUUUCAGGGCACCAUCAAACAAGCAUGGGCGCAGAUUUCACACAAGUACGAGUUUGAGCUCAACAUUCGCUACAUCGACGCUCCGGGUACUCUGGCCAUUCGAUUCAGAUCGGGGAAGAAGAUCAACUUCACUAUGAAUCCUGUGCUUAGAUUCAACAAUGACGCCUAUUUCUUCAUUACACCUUGGUCCUCAAACGAUUCGGACACUUUCUGGACUCUCUCACUGACUUCCUAUGAAGACCAUCUCCUAGAGCACCUCUCUAAACGCCUGCCUAAAAACUCCUGCCACAUUCAAGUUCUUGAAAUUGUACGUUUCCUCCUCAAGAGACAAACAGCGUUGUCAGGAAGUAGUGCUCUGAAGGACUGUCAUUUCAAAACUGCACUAAUGCAUCUGCUUUUGACGAAAGACCCAUCACAGUGGAAACCAAAGUGUGUGGAUCUGAGACUACGAGACUUGCUGGCCUUCAUGGAGAGGAGCCUUGAGAGGAAGCUGCUGAACCACAUUCUUAUCGGCAACCCGUUAACUGAGGUUAUUGAACUGCCUGCUGAGUUCACCAAAGCAAAGCCGGUGAAUCUCUUCCAUCCCCUUGUGGUGCACAACUGCAUAUACAGACAUGCUGUGAUACAUUUCCAGGAGAUGCUUAAAAAUGCUCAAAUACUGAUAGAUGAUUAUGUUGUGAAGUGUACUCAAAGUGCCAACUGCUCCAUUUAAGAAAAACAAAA